AUGACCUACACUUCGCCCACACCGAGGCGCCAAUAUGCUUUGAAGAGGCAAGCUUCGCAAGAAGUUGAGGGCCACGCACGCGUUGGCAUCUUCCCCGGUACCUACCUGGCGUCUGAUGGCGGUUUGCGCUUUGCUCCUCGCCACCGGGUAGAUGGAUCCGAUGAGUAUGAUUGGACCGAGGCAGGCGACUUGAACAGCUCCCCUGUGCCCUUUUCCGCAAGUCCCGGGGCGGAGGGGCCUCUAUCACACCCGUCACGCUCGAGUCAACAGCCCUCCCACCUCAUCCCCUUCAGGAACGGAGUUUAGUAGUGACAGCGACCAGGAUGAGGACACCGUACCCCGCUCACCCGAUCGUCUGGAUUUCGAGGAACAAGAGUCUCAAGGGGACCUUUGGUGCGCAUCCGACGAAGACGAGCCGACAAGCCCGGCGCAGACAGCUGAAGAGAUGCCCUCCAGUGAUGACGACAUCGAAGACUCCUCGGAGAAUGAGCUCCACAGUAAUUGGUCGGCUUCGUCACCGGUUGAUCAACUGCGUGACGACAUGAUUCUGGAGGCCUGGUACUUCUGCUUUGAUCGACCGAUUGGCAUCGCACAAGCCGUGUUUGACAACGGUGAUGAUAGCAUGUGA